AAAAAACAUUGAUUUGAGUUGGAACUGGAAUUUAAUAAGCUUAAAAAAUGAAAUUUGUUUUGACUUUUGGACUUGUUGUUGGUGUUUUCGCUGCGUUUGUGUCUGGUGGUGGACAGAGUGUUUCUAGUCAAGUUGAUAAAUGCUUGGCACCAUUCACACCAGGAUCAUACAGCGUGUCACUUCCACGUUUCUACUUCAAUGUUGAGACAAGAACUUGUGAUCCAUUCACAUAUAAAGGAGGUUACAUCACAAAUAUUUUCAAAUUCUAUGACAAUUGUGUUGCAGCUUGUUCUAAGCACUUUUAUCAGUAAAUUAAAUAAAUUGUUGCUACUUUUUAAAGACGUUUGAUCGAAAU